UUUCAAAGUCUAUUAUAAAAGAAACACGUUGAUAAGAAAUAUCUAUGGUUUUAUUAAGAAAUACACCAAUUUCUAAGUUAAAAGGUGUUUCGGAACCUACUUAUAUAUCUCAUGAAGCAGCAUUGUCAGUUAUCUUAUCAUCAAUUACAGAAUUUAAAGAUACAUCUUUUACAGUCUCUUUAAACUUUUCUCCGCAAGUCUUAGGAUUAAUUAAUGAAUUCUUGGAUUAUAUUCUGUUUAUUUUCAUAAAAACAUCUGAAUCUAUUGAAAUUUCAGAUUUAAAAAAUGCUAUAUUAAAUGAACUGCCUACUCCUCUAGGUGUAGAAGCAAUUUCUGAGGCGGAAGCAGAAUUACAAACAUAUAUUGAUAAUGAGCCUUUAGAAAAGAAACAAAAUUCUAAAAUUAAUAAAGAUAUUUCAAGGAAUUUUGUGGAAAUUUGGAAAAGGGUUCGUGUAAAAUGUAUGGUAUAUUCUACAUUAGGCAAUCAAGAAAAAGAUGAUUUUCCCGUUGCUUUAUGGAGUGACGAAUCAAUAUCACCUUCGGUUUCAAUAUAUAUUACAUCGGUUCUCGAAUUUAUUGCAGAAUAUAUGCUUCUUGUUAUAGGAAAUGCAUGUCACAGAAGAUUAAGUGAAACUAAAAAUUCAUAUCCAUUUAUUGAAGAAAUAGAUUUAAAUGAGGGGUUUAAAUAUGACCAAGCAAUUUUAUCUUUAUGGAAUAGAUGGAAAUCUUCUGACGCCUUUUUCGACAUAACGGCUAAUAAGAAUCCUUUUAGUGCAUCUCUUAUUGAUACAGUCACUAUUUCUCCACAAGAAAAUAAUAAAUUCAAAAAGGAAUAUGAUGAUUCUAAAGAAAAUGUUGAGAAUAUAGAAUAUGAAACUUGUAUCAAUACUGAAAGUGAUAAUUCAAAUAUUGAAUAUUUAAAUUUAGAUAACAAAGAAACAUUUUUUCCUGCUGUUUUAAAAGGUUCUUCUAUAAAUACUUAUAGUUAUGAAGAAAUUCUAGCAAAUCAAAAAAAUGCUCGGAAUGAAUCUUUUCAUAACAUAGAAUUAUUGGAACAAGAUAGCUCAAAUGAGCAAGAAAAUGAAUACAAAGCGAAGGUAAAACAAAUAGAACAUAUAUAUAAAGUAAAUGUCGAGAAAAAUCAACAGCAUUUACUUUCAGAAAAGAAAUCAAUUACUUCAUUCAAUUCGGAAGAAAAUGUACCAGUGGAUUCUUCUGUUACUUUUAGAAGUGAUAUUCAGAAUACAGUGGAUAAUUAUACUUUAGAAGAAGUUCUUAAUACAACUUUGUCUAAAGGUGUUUUAUCUAAAAUCUCUCCAAAAGAUAUUUCUAAACUUAGCUCUGGUAUUCCUGAGACUGCUUCAUCAUUUUUGGAAAAGAGUUCAACUAUUAAUAAUGUAGAUCAGGAUUCUGUUGAUCCAUUUAAUAUAAAUACACGCCAAUUCAUAGAUAUUUUGCGUGAAAAUAAGAAUGAUUUUUUAACAUCUGAAGAAUUAUUUGAUAAAGUUCGAAAGCUUUCAUUGACAUGUGAUCAAGAAAAACCUAUUUUUAGGAAAGAAAAAAGUGAAAGUCACCAAUUUUUUAUUCAUAAUUAUAAUGUCAAUAAUACGAUUAAUCAUAAUUUUAUUUCAUCUCACAAAAAUUAUCACUCAUUGAAUGACGAAAUUUCUCCUUGUUAUAGAAUAUUGAAGUCUGAGCAGAAAGAAGACUGUAAUUCUCAUGGAGAUCAUAUAGAUAUGAAAUCAGAAAUAAACACAUAUACAAUGAAUCAAAAUAUAAACGAAACAUUUUCCAAAAAUAGAAAUAUAUUUUUUCAUUCUACUGAUUCUAGUCUGUUAUUAAAAACAUCUUUGAAAACUCAAAUAAAUCCUUCAAUAAAUAAAUUUAAAGACGAUUUUUUAAUUUCAGAGAUACCAGCAUUAGAUAAAUAUUCAGAAACUAUAACUUUAUGCCAAAAUGCAAAUUAUUUAAAUUCUAAACCUUCACAAGAUGAAAAAAACAAUAAAACAAGAGACAAUAAAGUUAAUUCUUUUAAGAAACUUGUAGAUAGCAAUGCAACUAUGAAAAUGCAUCUAAACCCAGAAGGCUUAAGAGAAAUUGACUUUGAUAAUGAGAAAUCAUCUUUGAAGACAUAUUCUCAAAUGGCAGAUGUUCGAAAUAUUUCAGAUUUAUAUAAUACAGAACUUAUAAGUAAAUAUUCUAACAAUGUUAAAGAAUCGCCAACGCUUGAUUUUAUAAAGGAAGCGUCAAUUAAACACAAACAAAAUAAAUUACAACCACGAGAACCAACUAUUUCUAAAGAAUCAACUACAAGCUCUCUUAAAGAGUUUUUGAUAGAAACUUCUAUGGAUAAAAUUCGUGAAUUUUCGGAUUCUAAAUUAUCUACUAAACAUUCUCGUUCGUCAAAAACGUUUGAUUUAGUUAAUUCUAGUGAUUAUGCAUCCCUUUCUCAAGUAUCUUCUACUUCCAUAAUACAAAAGACAUUAGAAAAAGAGGAUUUUAGUGACAAGAAUAAGGAAAAUUCAAAUAGAUCGUAUUCAAGAGUGUGUAGAAGAGAAGAAUCAUUAAUCGAAUUUUUAAAAAGUUCUGAACGAAUUAAUACAUAUCCAAUGAGAUCUCAAGAAUCUAUUUCGUUGGAUGAUGAUAAAAAUAAGGUUUUAUAUAGAAAAAUUCAACUUUAUAAGGAUUCAUCAACAAGAUCCUCAGAAAGUAAUAUGUUUCCAAAAAACAGUAAUUAUUCAGGUGCAACACGGCUAAUUUAUGUAAAAGAUUCUCCUUCAAAGAAUCCAUAUCAAACACCAGAAUCUAUUGAAAAAAAAAAGCUAUCUUUGGAUAAUAUGUUUUCAGAUUCAAAAGAUUCUUUUCUGGAUUUUAACGAUAAAAGUAUAUUUUUUCAAAAUUCAUUAAAUGAUCCUAAUGAUUUAAUAAUUGGAUCGAGAACUGGUCAGUAUCCUCUUAAACAUAUUUCUAUCAAAAAACCAAAUAUUGAAUAUAAGGAAUCUUUAACCGAUUUCUUAAAGAAUACAAUUCCUUUAAAUUAUAUUAAAAAAGAUUCUACAAACAAUUCCUAUGCAUCUAAAAAGAAAAAAAGUACACUUUUUGGAUGGAAAAAACAUGAAUUACAGAAAAUUAAGAAGGCUUGUCCUGAAAAUCGAUAUCCAACUAUGAAAUUAAAAUAAUAUUCAUUAUAAAUUCCUAGAAAAUACACUAUCAUUUUGAAAAAU